AUGUCAGCUACAUCGGAAUAUGAACCUGUGGCCCGGCAAAAUUACGGGCCAACCACCUCCAGUGAUAGUAUUUUUGAACACAUCUUGGAAUCCAAAGUAAUUACUAAUAUGGAUGUACCAAGUAUUCGCACUCCUGUUUUAAGGGCCAUCCCCUUGUCCAGUAAUGAUGGUGAUCCAGAACCAGACUCCACUAACCAUGAAAGUAUUAUAAAAUCUGCACAUAAAGAAGAAAACAAAGAAGUCAUUUAUGACACUAAUGAAAAGAGAUGUGAAGAGGAAAUGUCAGUAGAUUCCCUUCCUAGAAUAGUGAGAAUUGAAGAAGCUAAUCUUGAAAAUGUGGGACACAUUGCAUAUCCCAUAUUACAAGACGAUGAUACAACUAAUGUUAAUUUUGUAGAAAAUACAGCAACUAUAAUUCAAGCACCUCUCAAUAGUGCUAUUGUUCAAAAUGUUACCAAAUUGCCUCAAAACUUUACAAUAAAUAUGGAUGGUGCUGUCGGUAACAUAGCAUCUAUACAAAAUGUAUCCCAAGACGUAACAGGGAGCCAAACUUUAUGGCUACCUACAAUUUUAGCUACUAGUGCACCAACUAAUAUUAAAAAUGAGGAAGAUAGACCAGCAAGUGUCUCACAAAUCAUAAUCACUAGUGAAAGUUAUAUGACUGACCCUAGCCCCAGAAGAGCCAAUAUAAUAGAAGCCAAUUAUUCCAAUCGCCCCAAGAACUCUAAAGUUCAGAUCUUAAGUAACAUAUCUUUACCUAAAAAUUCAAACUAUACUCAACAAUACAUUGCCCAAACGAAGGAUAUAACAACACAAGUAUAUGGAACACAAAAUCAUGUUUAUAAACUGAGUGCUAAUGUUGUAUCACAAAAGCAAAUUAACAAUUCGGUACUUUGUACUAAACCACCAAAAAGUCAGUCACUUAUCGGUGGAGCAACACUAUCACCUGCAAUAAUAAAUAAUAGCCCGGUAAAGAAUGUUACUUACGGCCAUACAUUUACUAAGAGCACAAACCUAAGUAAGGUAAACAAUGGUGCUAAUGUGAAUGCAAUGGUUGCCGCAUCCACCAGUAGCAUGCAGUGUCACAUUUUAUCUCGGGUGGUCUCUGGACCUAACAAAGUGUCAGUGCACGGGAAAAAAUCAGUAAAUGCUGUAAAGGGAAAAAAUUCCCAAGUGCAAAAGAAUCAAUCGAGACCUAUUAAAAUAAUACAGCAGGCUGGUACUGCUCAAAAAUCAGAAAGCAAGACAUGGCCCGUUGCCAAUGUCACUUACAAGACUGCCUCUUCUUUUGUGGAAUCAAAUACUUCAAAAGUAAUACAAAAGGUUGGUAGUCCUAACAAAAACCACACUCUAAAAAUGCAGAAAAAUGAGAGAUUGGUGCUGCAAUCUCCUUGUGGGCCAGUAUUGCUAACGACAGCUCCUGUGACAACAAACCUGACAAAAGGCCCUCAUUAUGUUCAGUCUGGUGCAACACCCAAUCUAAGAUAUGUUCAGACAUAUGGUGCUGAGAAUCAACUUUCCACCAUUUCCCAGGUGUCGGCUAACCAACAGUUGACAGCACAAAUACUACAAUCACUGUCUCAACCAAAAGUUAUGGGACAGAGUUCCGCACAUAUUUCCUUAAAACGGAACAAUAUUCUUUUGUCACCACAGGCUAUUGAGGAACCUCUCGAGAUAAAACCAGCAAAACAAAAAAGGAUUAUGUAUGGAGACAAGUCAACUUUACUCACGGCAGAUGAUAUCAUUGGCACUGAAGAGAGACCUAACUUGUCUGAAGAGUUACGUCGAUAUUCACAUCAGGGAUUAGUCUUUGUCAUGUUGGAUCACACCUAUGCAUUGCCAGUACAAAAGCAACCAGUGGUUUCAUCACCAACGAGUGUGGCUAUUACUUCUACUACUACCACAGUAGCCGUAACUCUUACUACUCCACCACCUAUUGUGUCACCAAUGAUAUUGUCGACACCAGCACCAAUCAGUCCUAUGAAAACUUCACCAGCUCUCACUAGCACAUUUGACUUAGCGUUGACUCCAGUACCGACAGCGCCAAUCUCAGUACCGAUUCCAGUUACAUCUUUGCCUUUAAGCUCCAUAACCUAUAAACCACAAACCCAACCGAAUCAAGAUGACGAUGCGGCAUCUAUUAUUUCCUCUAUUGAGGGUGAGAGGAGGCCACCCGAGCAAGGGGGAAGUGAUACAGAGACUGCCCCUGAAGGUGAGGAAGAAGGGAAAACUAGGUGUAUCUGUGACUUUACCCAUGACGAUGGAUACAUGAUAUGUUGCGACCGAUGUGGAGAAUGGCAACAUGUUGACUGUAUGGGUAUUGACAGAAACAACAUACCUGAUGCCUAUAUGUGUGAGCUCUGCCAGCCCCGUGCUGUAGAUCGUCGUCAUGCUCGUGCCAUACAGCUAAGAAAACGAGAAGAAUUGAGCGCUCUCGGAGCAUCGGAUUCAGAUUCUUCAGAAUGUCAUCGACUUCCCGGCCAAAGACGAAAGAGGUUAUUAACUGUAACAACGUAUACCAACACCAGUGGCAGUUGUGUCACUACUUAUAAUUCAAAUGCCCCAGUAUUACCGCCCUUACCGCAGCCGUCUCUACCCCAGUUGCCCCCGAAAAGAGGUCCAAAACGACCUAAAAAGGCGGAAAUGGUGAAGAAAGUUACAAAAAGAAAACUUACGGAAAAGCGCGUAAAACGUAAAAAGGAAAUGAUGAUGAACAGAAACAAAUACAACUCAAAUGUUUCAAAUAACCAAAUGCAUUGGCGAGACCUUUAUGAAAUUGCUGUAACUAAUCAUUACAGUCCUGAAUUGCGAGCAAAGAUUAUGAAAUACAGUAGUAAGCUUGGAAACACAUCCAAUAUGGCUUCGGCAAUUACUGCACAUUUAUGCACCACAGUACCACAUGCAGGGGGUAAAAUAUUAAUAGCUACUAAAGACCUCAAAGAAAAUACUCCAAUAAUUGAAUUGAGAGGGAAAUAUAUGCUUUCUAAUCAGCACAGACCUCAGUUGCAAAACUCUGUACGGGCUGGAAGUCAGAAACCUGGCCCAUUUGUAUUCUUUUACAGAUUACCAAAAGACAACACUCAGAUAUGUAUAGACACGAGAACGUAUGGUAACGAAGCGAGAUUUGUCCGCCGGUCGUGUAAGCCAAAUGCAGAAUUACAGCAUUGUAUUGUUAAAGGUGCUUUGCACGUAUAUUUGGCGACAAUCGGCGUGAUUCAGUCAAAUACUGAGAUUACCGUGGGCCAUGACGCUGAUAAUAGUAAACAGCCGUGUGCAUGUGGUAACCCUAAGCAUUGUAAAAUAAAUGGUUUCAGCCCUGUUUCCUUACCUCCUCGUAAGAGCAUAGACCUUCCCUUGAGAGAAAAACGAAGUCGAAACAGGUGCUAUAGUUCGUCAUCACCACUAUCUCCUCCUUUGGGAUCAAUUUUGACUACACCGACAAAAGAAAAUCCACCACCGUUUAAGUGUGAGCCACCAUUAAUAAAACAAGAAAAACGCUCACCUAUAAAGCAUGAGUUACCACCUAUGUCACCCAUUAAAGAACCAAUGCUAUCACCAGAAUAUUAUGAACCUAUUAAGUCUGAAUCUGAUGUGAAAGAAGAGUUCUAUCAAGAAAUAGACUUGACUGCUAAAGAAGAAAUGAAAUCAGACUUUGACGAGCCAGAUUUUAUUAAAAUUGAACCUAAACUUGAAGAAACGCCAAAAGAUAUUAUUCAGUCACACACGCAGUUUAAGCCAGAUGAUACAAUGGAAUUUGAGAAAGUUGAAACAAAAUUGGAAAUAUUUGAAACAAAAGAAGAACCAAUUUUGCCUACAUUUUAUGCCAAAAUGGAAAAGCUCAAUGAGAGUUUAGAAAUGAAAGUUGAACAAUUGAAAAAAGAAGAGCCAGUAAAAGAACUACCAGAAAAAUUGGAGGAACCAGAGUUAGAGGAACCUAAAGAAGAAAAACCUAAGAUAGAAGAUGUCACAGAAGAAGAAAAUCUUCUAACUAAAGAAGUAACGGCAAAAUCGGCAUGUCAUGACCGCUCUGCAAGAACUAGCAGAACUACUUGUGUUAAUCAAGACUCACUUGAUGACAAAACUGAUGAUUCUCAAGAUAAAAUGCCAACCACCAGCAAGGGAAAGGAAAAGAGGAAAAUGACGCGUGAAGAACGUAAAAUGGAGGCUAUAAUGAAGGCAUUUGAGAGAAUGGAAAGGGCCGAACAAAGAAAACAAGAAGUGAAAGAAAGGCAAAAACGGAGGGAGUCUGACCCGCAUCCACACAACUUCACUGAAAAGGAAGAUGAAGAAGAUGUACAUAAUAGCUUUAAAAAGAGAAAACGACGCAGAGGUCGUGCUCGCACAUCUUCACAAUCAAACAGAAGGCGAUUAAAUUCAGCAGACAGUGAUCUUGUGACUUCAGGAGAUGAAGCCCAACCAUUCUCGCCGCCUCACGAACCUUGUAGAAAUGAUCCAGUCACGCCCAUAAAUGAGAUCAAACCACAGGAAUCUAUGCCAGACAAUCUUGGAUUGAGUUCUGCGUGCUUACUAGUAGAAGCUGCCGUUGGUUCGGUUGAAUCCGCUUUCAAACAGCCAAAAACAAAGAAAACAAUGGCCAAUGAAUGGAUUGGUCGUUCGCCAGAGAGGACACCAUCGCCUUACAACUCGCCAUAUCGACCGUCUCUAGUUUCGACUACCUCUUUGGAAAGUUUGGUCAGAGUUGCCUCAACGAUGAUCGGCGAUCUCAGCGGUGGGCAAGAUUAUCAUGAAGAAGAGCAGCUCCAGUCGCCACCACUGACUCCAGGGAAAGAUAGAAGUAGACCACCAAAGAAAGCUAAGAGAGUAACACGAAGUACACCGGCGAUUGAAACACCUGAAUUCCCACAAAACCACAGCGCAAAGAAACGAUGGUUGCGACAGGCUAUCAGCGAAGAGAGCGAUUCGCCAUGUCUUGACACAUUUGUUCCAGAAUCUCCACCCAAUGAAAUGGUGACACCGUUGAAGAAACGAAGAAUGGCCAGAGAAUCUUUAUCGUGUGACCAAAAUCCACAUGAUACUUGUAAUGACGAGGUUUCGCCAGUAAUGACAUCUGAAGAUUCACCGGUUAAGGAAGAUUCGCUCGCUUUAGCUCGUCAAUACAAGCGUAACAUAAUGGAUAUGUAUGCACGAGACAGGACGCGUUCUGACAGUGGCCAAGGUUCCGACGACCAAUGCAAUAUCGAUCACGAUGUUCUUAAUGUUAAAUUGGGAGCGCACAACACUGAACAUAUCCGCCGAAUUAUUGGCGUUCCUGAUGAUAUACCAGAAGUACCUAAAGAAGAAGACAUAGCUGUCAACAAUAACAAUAAUUUAGAAGUAGAAGAAACAAACAAUAAAGUUGUUCCAAUGGAGAUAGACACAACUGUGAUAACGCAAUCCAAAAUAGAAUCUAAUGAAGUUCACACUGAUAUAAAAUAUAGUGCCAGUCCUAUUGAGAAGGUACAAAGCUCACAAUCAGCAGAUACAAGUGGUAAUUCAUCACCGCAACGAGAUGAAAUGGAUGAUAUUCAGAAGAAAAUACAUUCUUUUCACACAGAGAACAUACUUUUUCUCAAAAGCAGAAAUAAGAAACCACCAAAAGAGAAACGGAAGAAGGUGAAUUUGAACUUUGAUCUUAACAUGGUUGAUGAUCAAAUCAGUAUUCAAUUGAGAACGGAUGAUACUAGUAAUUCAGAAUUCAACGGUGACAUUCAUGAUGAUACAAAUUCACAUGAGGAAAUGAAGAUAUCACCUGAAAAUAUUCCUCUACCGCCUGUUGAAUCGAUACCAUUGCCGGCUCCAGAGACUAUACCACUACCGGAAGAAAUAAAUCCAAUGGCCAUAGUGCCGUCUCCGGAAACAAUACCACUUCCAGAAGAGCCAAUGAAACCUCUUAACCAAAUCGAAACAUGCCCUGACUCGCCCAAGCUAGAAGCAGUCGAACGGCCCUCCGUGCUAGAUUCGGCGCCGUUUUCCCCAAGAUUUGGCUCCACCGGUCUCUUCUCGGGCCUCUUCAGUAACAUGCCAAAUUCAUUCAAGGACUCGUCCAUAAACGAGAAUAUACCAAAUAUGUCGUUAAUAAAAAGUGCAAUAGAUAGGACUACAAGUUUAGACGCUAGUAUAUUCGAUAAAGACAGUAUAACUCCAGUGGACGAACUGAAAAGUGUUCAGGAGAUACUGACGCGAGUGAAUAAUAUGGACUCAAAUAACAGUGUGUUGUUGUCGGGUGUGUUGAAGAGUUCGAAUAAGGGCGGGCUGUUGGACGCGCCAGUGCCUUCCUCGUCUCCCGCCCGCCCUGCCAAGCCCUACUGCCCUCGCACCAAUGACCCAAGGCUUAAUCCUCCGCCAGCUGAUAAACCCAAACCAGUUAGAAGAAAGCUCUCUAUAACCGAAUAUCGAAAGAGACAUAAGGGAGCAACGGCUUCCGACGAUGCGUCAGCCGAGGGUGGGGAACUGGGUCUGGGGCCAGAAUGGUCUUCCGGGUCCACCAAUUCUUCGGGGUCAGCGUCUCUCUCACCGCAAAGGCUCGAAGCAGCAGCGGCAGCAGCAGUUGAUGAGCUGGAGCAGCGUUUGCAUAAAGACCUCGGUUCCCAUAUGCCUAAAGGUGUGUUCGACGCUCAGCCAACAGCCUCAGAGCGACAGCGGGAAAAUCUGAGCUCUCGGCUUCGAAAAGAAUUUGGCCUCGCAUUACCUGAUGAUGAGGAAGCGAGACCUGCUACCGAACCCUCGGAUGUCGCUGAGGUUGCGAAACGCUGCGAGAGGUAG